AUGUCCGCUAAGCUCCUGCCGGUUUUCUUCCUCCUCUCAGUGUUUCACGCCUGUUCUAGAAAGGUUGAAGAGGAUGAAUAUGAAGACGGAACAACUAACCAAAAAUGGGUUUUAGCUCCAAAAACACAAGACACAGAUGUGACUCUCAUACUAAACAAGCUGUUGAGAGAGUAUGACAAAAAGCUACGGCCAGAUAUUGGAAUAAAACCAACAGUUAUUGAUGUUGACAUUUAUGUCAACAGCAUUGGUCCUGUAUCAUCAAUAAAUAUGGAAUAUCAAAUUGAUAUAUUUUUUGCCCAGACGUGGACAGACAGCCGUCUUCGCUUCAACAGCACCAUGAAGAUACUGACUCUGAACAGCAACAUGGUUGGCUUAAUCUGGAUCCCGGACACAAUAUUUCGUAACUCGAAGACUGCGGAGGCUCACUGGAUCACCACCCCCAACCAGCUCCUCCGCAUAUGGAAUGACGGCAAGAUCUUGUACACCCUCAGGCUUACCAUCAAUGCUGAGUGCCAGCUGCAGCUGCACAAUUUCCCAAUGGAUGAGCACUCAUGUCCUCUGAUAUUCUCUAGCU